AACAAAUAUCAAAUAGGAAGUAAUCUAAAUUUUGUAGCUUUUACAGAGAAAAUACAUAUAAAUUUGUAAUGUUAUAUAGAUAUAAUUAUUUGUGACAUGUAAACUGUACAAUGUGAUUGAUCUUUUUUUUUAUUGGCUCCUGCCAGAAAUCAUUCCUUUGAAAAUAACCAGUUAUCAAGAACACAGGACAGAGUGGUGUAAAAAGUAAUGGAUGGAUAUCGGAGGCAAGAUCCAUACAGAAGUAGCAGGGAACAAAUUCCACUGUCAAAUAUUAAUCCAGGUUAUCAGGAUGAGAUAGUGCCCGAUUAUCCUCGUGCAGCAUUUAGUGAACAUGGUCCUGCUAUUCCACUUGACCGGCGACCAUCUGAUGCCUCAAGUUUUACCUCAGAACAUGGUAUAGGAGUUCAUAGAAGGUCACAAUGGGCAAAAGAAGAAGGCCCAAGAGAUACUGCAAUCUUGUUAGAAAGUCUUCCUAGCAAACAGUUAGAAAAAAUGGCGAGUGAGAUUGCACAUGGCUCAUCUAUCAGGAAAAAGUCCACUAAAAGGAAAUCGUUCCAUGCUAACAUGCAUAUACCUACAGGAAGAGAUGCAUCAGAAGAUUUCAUUCGAGCUGUACACGAUAAUCCCGAUGCUGCUGAAAUUGAAGAUGAUGAUAUAAAGGCCAUGACAAUGAAUCUUUCACAGAAACGUAGGCUAAAGAGUGAAGUCAGCCUUAAAAGAAAACAACCCAAAACACUGACACGCUGGAAACGGUUCAAGUACAACUGUAGCAUAACAUGGAAACACUUCAAGUAUAAUCUUGCAGAGUUUGGGUACUUUCUGAAAUUAUGGAGGGGUCAUAUGAAGAAGAUAGAAGGUCAUUUUGGUACAGGUGUACUUUCGUACUUCCUGUUUCUGAAAUGGUUGUUUUAUAUCAACAUUCCGGUGUUUGUGUUAACAUUUGGUUUUGUGAUACUGCCUCAGAUGUUGUAUAGAUAUGUGGUACAGAAAGGCAAUGCGUUCAAACAGAAUGUUUCAUUUACUGGAAAGGAGUUGUUAACUGGUUCAGGUUGGUUUACAGACACAGAGAUGUAUUAUGGUAACUACACGUAUGAGACGUUCAGUAUAACAGAAGAUUCCUACUACAACAUGAAAUAUGCAUACCUGUUUACAUGUGGCGGAUACUACCUUAUGUGUCUGAUUAUUUUAGCUUUAAGCAUAUCUAAAUCAUACAAGAAGAACUAUAUAGAGGGUAGUGGAGCGUUUGACUUCUAUUAUGUCAGUCGAGUAUUCUGUGGCUGGGACUAUGGUAUAACAGCAAAAAAUUCUGCUACACUUAAACAUAAAGGAAUAUAUAAUGAACUUAAGGAAUAUUUAUCUGGUUCAAGAAGAGAGGAUGAGGAAAGGACAUUUGGUCAGAAAUGUAAAUGGUUCAGUAUUUGGGUGCUAUCAAAUCUACUUAUACUAGGAAUGAUUGCUGGAUCUGGUUAUCUCAUCUUCUAUAUAUCAGAUACACAGUCUGUUAAUGGAGAAAGUUUUAUAAGCCUGGUUGACAUUCCAGUGUUGAGUGAGAUGGCCAUGCCUCUAUGUGUGUCAGGGGUUAACCUAGUACUCCCAUUUAUAUUCUCUUUAUUUGCCAGAAUAGAAAACUACGAGAAACCAAAGAAUGAACUUUACAUGAAUAUGUCUAGAACUAUGUUAUUGAAAGCUGUUACUUUGGGUGUCCUUGUGUAUUUCUGGUAUCAGAAGCUGUCCCAUGAUUGUAGAGAGACGUUUAUUGGUCAACAGAUUUACCGUCUAGUGAUAGUGGAUUUUAUCUUCAUUCUACUUACAACAUUUUUCGUUGAGUUUGUUAGGAGGUUGAUGAAAGAAUAUUGCUGUAAAUCAUUGAGUUAUCCAGAGUUUGAGAUAGGCAGAAACACGCUUAACUUGAUCUAUUCACAGGCAUUAUGUUGGUUAGGGAUGUAUUUUGCACCAAUGUUGUCACUCAUUAUGAUCAUCAAACUUUUCAUCAUUUUCUAUGUUAAAAGAGUGAGUGUAAUACAGAACUGUAAACCAUCACUACGACCUUGGAGAGCAUCAAGGGCACACACAAUCUUCAUGGGUUUUCUCUUCUGUUUCUUUAUCAUGGCAACAGCAGCAGUGGCUUGUGCCAUUAUCUUUUUAAAGCCAAGCACAGGUUUGGUCCAUUCCGGUAACCAUACAAUCAAAGUGUUGACAUAUUAUAUGAGGAUUGUGAUGGUAGGACAUAAAGAGAUGGUAGAUCUUCUUAGACAACAACUCUCCAUGGAGGGUAGAGACAAGGCUUACCUGUUGAACAUGUUGCAAGCUGCAAACAAGAAACACAAAGACCGGCCAAAAACAGGGGGUCGUAUACUAUCCUCUGGGUCUGAGGCUUCAGGGACACUCACAAGUACUGCUCCAGAUCAUAGAUGGUCACUCCAAGACACUAGCAUCCACUCACCAUGUGGUAGACAAUUUGUGAAGCAACUGGCUGCCACAGCAGACAAGAUGAAAAAUGAGAACACACCUAUACAACAAACACGGAGGAGAAAUAGAGAUGACCCUGGGGCAGGGGCAGCUUCUCCCUGAUUCCUGCAAUGUUGUGUCAUAUUCCAAAAGUGAAAUAAGUUCAUGGACAUGUAAAGUUUAUGAUUAUGCCAUAUGUCUUUAUAAACAAAUCGAAACCCACCCUUUUUUAUCUAAAAAGAACUUUUGUCACAAACUUUUAGAACUUAAUAUUCAAUAACUGUAUACAGCACACAAUUUAAAACACAGUUUACAAAUCAUUUGUUUCAUUAUGCAAAAGGCAUUACUUUAAGCAGUACAAUCAAUUUUCAUUCAUUUAUUCAUAGAGCAGUAAAGACAAGGCUAGUUUAGCUUACCUCUAUGUGUGUUCAAGGUUUCUUCAUCAGUCAUGCUACAAUCAUUAAACUGUUAUGUUAGAGAGAAAAACUGUACAUUAUAAUUAUAUGAUGAUGUCGGUGUGUACUACACUGAUAAGAUAGAAAUCCAGUUUGUUAACAAUCUGAUUAAAAUCAGCUCUUUGAUUAAUGCUAUGCAAUGGGAUCUGACUGGCACUUAUAGGAGGUGAAAGUGGUGUGGUGUCUAAUUUCAAGAAAAAACAUGGCGUUGUCCAUAUAGCCUGACAAAACAAUUAUGCCCACUAAAAUUGAAUUUAUUGUUUCCAUUUUAUUUGUUUUAAAUUACAUCAAUUUUAUUUUUUUUGUACAAAAUCAAUUAUUUGUUUUACUUUCAUGGACAGUGAUAUUUUGAUACUUCAUCAAAUGCCUAUCUGUAAAGGAUGAUUUGAUUGCAUUGCUUGAACUUUCUCGGGCAAUCCAAAUUACAAUGAAGGCGACACAAAUAUGGUGGCAAUCAGAUCUACAUGCAGGAAAACUUAAGUAGAUCUGAACUUUAGUCAGAUUGGUUUGUUAGAAUACUUGUAAAUAUAGAUACAUCACAUAGCUGUAUUAAUGGAUCUUUUGUUAGUCUUACUUCAUUGGUCUUAAAACUAGCCUUCAUAUUAGGGUAAUUUUCUAUCUGUACAUGUACAGGGUUUUUGCUAAAUAUAUGUAUUUUUUUUCUUACAAACAAGUUGUAGGAUUUAUAUGUAGACAAGAGUCCAAUGCUUUUUGUCAUAGAAAAAAGAAGAAUGUAGAAUUAUAGUUUCCAGAUCUCAAGAAUUGGCUGAUUUAUCUCCCCAAUAAUGCUGAUUUACUUUAAAUUGUGUACAUGAUGGUUAGUUAUUUUGAUAUACAAUAUUAUGAAUCAUGAUUGACUAGACAAAUGAAAUAAAUAGCUGAGAGUGUAAUAAAUGUUGUUUAUUUAGGCAGACUUCUUUAGAUUGAUCCCCAAACUCUGUUGGGAUGACAUUGCAUAAUACAAGUAUUAUGAUGUUACAAAGAUUUUACACCAUGUAUACAUGUUGUAUGAACAAUUAUUUCAGAAGUAUUAUACACAUAUAUAAAUUAUGUACCAGUGAUCUGAUCAAUGUGUUGUUAUUUUAUCAUUUUGCUGGAUAUUUGAAUGACAAUGAGUUUGUCAUUAUUUGGUUGUGAUUUAAUAUUGAUGCAAAUUGUUUUUCUAUACAAAUUGAAAAUAUAGUGUUAGUAGACACCAUGCUCUCAUACUAUAUGCAUUGCUUUCAAAUUUUUCAAAUAUUAUGAAGUAUUUAUUAACCUACAAAUGAAGUUUAUUGCCAGAAAUUCGAGGAACUUUUGCUUAGAAAUCAAGAGUUCUAUAUGGCUGUUUCAUUGAUGAACAAAUUAAGUUUAUAACCAACAGAAAAGGUGGAAAGUAUUUUAUAUAAAGGAUAUUUUAAAUAUUUAUAAAAGUUCACUAUGUAAUCAGUUUGGUUUUACAACUCUUCUAGCACUCACAAUUACCAUGUAAGUACUAUGUAACUUUUAGAAUAAGCUGUUUUAAUCUUUCAUUAUUUGUAGUCUUGUCAGGAAUGGUGUCCAGCUUAACAAACUGAGUUCUUUUAUUAAAAUUUGCGAAAAUUUUAUGAGCCAAAUCCCAUUCAAAAUACUAUAGAAAUAUUUAAGUAGUUCCACCAAAAGACAAGCUCUUGUUCAUUUAUGCUGUGCUGUGAAUUUUCGCUUAUUUUGGGAUUGUGAUACUCUUUGUUUAACAAAUUAACUUUAUCUUUAUCUUUUUUUUCUUACAUGGUAAAGACUCUAAUAUUCUGUCUCUUUUUGUUCUGUGAUAAAAUAGUAUCCAGAUUCUCUGUAUUAUUCACAUACUGUAUUGUCCUAAAAUAUAUACAGGUAUUUUAUCAUGUUUUCCAAUUAAGUCUAUGUUCAACAUCAUGUGUGAAAAAAUAAUGUAGAUCCAUACUCAAUUUUUAUAUCUAAUAAAAAAAUAUGAAUCACCACUUAUUAAAAGGUAGUAGUUUGUGUAAUCAACCAAUUAUGAGCUUCUUUUCAAAAGUACUACUAGUAUUUUGAAUCUUUUAGACAUGAUUUAUUUAUAAUAAUGAACAUGGGAGCUUUUUAUAAAUACAAUAUUGUAAGUCAUUAUACCCCCGCACAACAAAGUUGUAAGGGGGGUAUACUGGAAUCAGCUUGUCCGUCCGGCCGUCCGGCGUCCGGCCGUCCGUCGGUUUUUUCUUGUCCGCCCAAUAACUUAAGAUUCCUAUGACCCACAGCCUUCAUAUUUGGCAUGAUGGUUACUCAUGAUUAGUAGAUGACGCCUAUUGAUUUUGAGGUCACCAGGUCAAAGGUCAAGGUCACAGGGGCCUUGACUUCAAAAACCUUGUCCGCCCAAUAACUUAAGAUUCCUAUGACCCACUGUCUUCAUAUUUGGCAUGGUGGUUAGUCAUGAUUAGUAGAUGACCCCUAUUGAUUUUGAGGUCAAAGGUCAAGGUCACAGGGGCCUUGACUUCAAAAAGCUUGUCCGCCCAAUAACUUAAGAUUCCUAUGACCCACUGUCUUCAUAUUUGGCAUGGAGGUUAGUCAUGAUUAGUAGAUGACCCCUAUUGAUUUUGAGGUCACCAGGUCAAAGGUCAAGGUCACAGGGGCCUUGACUUCAAAAACCUUGUCCGCCCAAUAACUUAAGAUUCCUUUAACCAACUGUCUUCAUAUUUGGCAUGGUGGUUAGUCAUGAUUAGUAGAUGACCCCUAUUGAUUUUGAGGUCACCAGGUCAAAGGUCAAGGUCACAGGGGCCUUGACUUCAAAAACCUUGUCCGCCCAAUAACUUAAGAUUCCUAUGACCAACUGUCUUCAUAUUUGGCAUGGUGGUUGUCAUGAUUAGUAGAUGACGCCUAUUGAUUUUGAGGUCACCAGGUCAAAGGUCAAGGUCACAGGGGCCUUGACUUCAAAAAGCUCGUCCGCCCUAUAACUUAAAAUCCUUUGACCCAUAGUCUUCAUAAUUGGCAUGGAGGUUAGUCAUGAUUAGUAGAUGACCCCUAUUGAUUGUGAGGUCACCAGGUCAAAGGUCAAGGUCACAGGGGCCUUGACUUCAAAAAGCUUGUCCGCCCAAUAACUUAAGAUUCCUUUAACCCACAGUCUUCAUAUUUGGAAUGGAGGUUAGUCAUGAUUUGUAGAUGACCCCUAUUGAUUUUGAGGUCACCAGGUCAAAGGUCAAGGUCACAGGGACUUUGACUUCAAAAAGUUUGUCCACCCAUUUAUGACCCACAGUCUUCAUAUUUGGCAUGGAUGUUGAUCAUGACUAUAAGGUGACCCCUAUUGAUUUUGAGGUCACUGGGUCAAAGGUCAAGGUCACAGGGACCUUGACAAAAAAAAAGCUUUUCUUCUUAAUUGUUAAAGAAUGUCCUGUCCGCAACAUUUGAAGCAUGUAGAAUACAUAACUUAGCAAUGCACUGGCUUAGUAACCUCAGAUUUUGCAGGGAGGUUGUCCUUGAGCUCUAAAUGGCCACUGUUGAUUCUGACAAAGUGGUAUGCGGGGGUAUUCACGCCAUGAUAGUGGCAGUUCUAGUUUUUAAACAAAGUAUAUGAUCAUUAUAGCCUAACAUAAACAAUCAACCCCCCUUGGUCUGCUAGUGGCAUCUGAAUAUAUUAAUACAGCUAGUGCAGACCAAGAUCAGCAGGGACUGUCUCAUCAUGGUCUGCACUAGUAUGGCUUAAUGCAAAUAAUACAUUUGAGCCGCGCCAUGACAAAACCAACAUAAUUGGUUUGCGACCAGCAUGGAUCCAGAGCAGCCUGCGCAUCUGCAGUCUGGUCAGGAUCCAUGCUGUUCGCUAUUAGUUUCCCUACUUGUAAAAGGUUUGUAAGCGAACAGCAUGGAUCCUGAUCAGACUGCGCGGAUGCGCAGGCUGGUCUGGAUCCAUGCUGGUCACAAACCCAUUAUGUUGGUUUUGUCAUGACGCGGCUCAUUUAUUGUUAACUUCUAGAUAUUUUAGAGUAUGUUUAUCAAUAGGUUUAUUUUAACAAGUGGUAGGAUUUUGAAGUAUGAAAUUGUUCUCACAUCUUCCUUCUAUCUUAGUAAAUAUACAAAUAUAGUUACUGUGAUCUUCACACUUGUUUUCCAGAAAAAGAACUAUAGCUUAUAAUAAGAAAUAACAUUCUUAUUUUCCAUGAAAAGUGAAAUCUGAUAUAUGUAUAUAUGCAAAUUAAGAUCAAAUUAUUUAUUUGGGUAAAAUUAUUUAUUGAGUCAGCUUUUUGAAAUCAUUGUAAGACUUGACUUUGAAUUUUUAUUAAACAACAACUACUGCAUGUAUAUUUGAUGUGCACACAUUGUACUUAUGUAUUACUACACAUACUUGAUGUGCAAUCUUUGAAUUUAGUAGCUAUUAUUGUUUUUUUAUUCUGACUAUUAUCUUAUUUCAUAUUUUAAACAUGUUAAAAAGUAUUUUAUAUAAAUAAACAGAUGCAAAUUUUU